AUGCUUAUCCCUGGACAGACCCUGCCGCUGCAGCUCUUCAGACUGCAGGAGGUCAUCAUGAUGCGCAACAUCAUCCAGAGAGACCGCACAUUUGCUGUGCUCGCACACAGGUAUAGAGUGAAGGAUGGGAAGAAUGGGCUCUUGACAGGCAAGGUGCAUGCAGAGUUUGGGACGACAGCUGAAAUCUAUGCUUAUCGGGAGGGGCAGGAGUACGGCAUCGAGACUGUCAAAGUGAAGGUAGUCGGACGGCAGCGGUUCAAGGUCCAUGGGAUCAGAACUCAGGCAGAUGGUACCUCCGUGGACCCCCUGCAGUACCUCCGUGGACCCCCUGCAGUACCUCCGUGGACCCCGAGGAAGUUCCACUGGGCCAACAUGACAUCGUGGCCUCCCUGGGUCUACGCCCUCUAUGACUCUGAGACUCUGAUGAACAGAGUGAAGAGACAGCUCCAUGAGUGGGACGAGAACCUCAAGGAUGAUUCCCUCCCCACAAACACUAUAGAUUUCUCCUACAGAGUGGCAGCCUGUUUGCCCAUAGACGUUGCCCUCCGGCUCCAGCUGCUGAAGAUAGGCAGUGCCAUCCAGAGGCUGUGCUGUGAGCUGGACAUAAUG